ACUGGAAACGAAGCUCGUUAAAGAAGAAGAAAAUUUUCACCCAGCAUAAGGGGCCAAGUGGAAAGUGGUAAUAUUUUCAAGAAAAAAAUUGUACAACCUGAACGAUAGGCUUUAUGAAUUUUAAGUGAAAUAAAGAAGUCCUAAAAUGUGGGACUCCACAAUGUUUUUAAGCACCCUAACCCCAAAGUUCUACGUAGCUUUAACGGGAACAUCAUCUCUUAUUUCAGGACUGAUUUUGAUUUUUGAAUGGUGGUAUUUUAGGAAAUAUGGUACUUCUUUUAUCGAACAAGUUUCUAUAAACCAUAUUAGUCCAUGGAUCAGUGGUGAUUAUGGAGAGAAUAGCUCUGCAAAUAAUGGAAAUGCCACUACUACUCAACCGCCAGUACCAGAGUGUAAGGUUUGGAGAAAUCCUUUCAACUUAUAUCGCGGCGCAGAGUAUCAAAGGUUUUAUUGGGCAACCAACAAAGAGCCUCUCACGUACUAUGAUAUGAAUUUGUCAGCACAGGAUCACCAAACGUUUUUUACUUGUGAAGCUGAUGCUGGUAAGGCUGAGUAUGAAAUAAUGCAGACCGCUUGGAGAGAAAGAAAUCCUGCAGUUCGUUUGAAGGCUGCACACAAUGCUAUUGAAAAGAAUCCUGAAUGUGCUCCAGCCUACAUCCUUUUAGCAGAAGAAGAAGCAACAACAAUCGUAGAAGCAGAGAAAAUUCUCAAACAUGCUCUUAAGGUUGCCGAGACUAAUUAUAGAAAAUCCCAAUCUUUACAGCACCAAGGUAGUAUAAUGGAAGCUCAACACAGAAGAGAUACCAAUGUUCUUAUUUACAUCAAGAGACGCCUAGCUAUGUGUGCCAGAAAAUUAGGCAAACUCAAAGAAGCUGUCAAAAUGUUCCGUGAUCUGACAAAGGAAGUUCCACCAAUCAUGAACGUACUGAAUAUUCAUGAGAACUUAAUUGAAGCCUUAUUAGAAAUGCAAGCAUAUGCGGAUGUUCAAGCUGUUUUGGCAAAGUAUGAUGACAUAUCUUUACCUAAAUCAGCUACAAUAUGCUAUACUGCAGCUCUAUUAAAGGCUAGAGUUGUAGCUGAUAAAUUCUCCCCUGAUAUAGCCAGUAAAAGGGGGUUGAGCCCUGCUGAAAUGGCCGCAGUUGAAGCAAUACAUAGAGCAGUGGAGUUCAACCCCCAUGUUCCAAAGUAUUUGCUAGAAAUGAAACAGCUGAUAAUGCCACCUGAGCAUGUGUUGAAACGAGGGGAUUCAGAAGCUCUGGCUUAUGCCUUUUUUCAUUUGUCUCACUGGAAAGCUGUAGAAGGUGCCCUCAAUCUGCUUCAUUGCACUUGGGAAGGCACAUUCAGAAUGCUUCCCUAUCCUCUAGAGAGGGGUCAUCUCUUUUAUCCUUAUCCUUCAUGCACUGAGUGUGCAGAUAGGGAAUUACUGCCAGCUUUUCAUGAGGUUUCAGUUUACCCUAAAAAAGAGUUACCCUUUUUCAUAAUAUUUACAGCAGGUCUGUGUUCAUUUACAGCACUUUUAGCACUUCUAACACAUCAGUAUCCAGAUUUGAUGGGGGUUUUUGCCAAGGCGAUUAUGGGAUGGAUGUCCAUGCCAAUUUAUUAUUUGUAUGAGAAGAUAGAAGGAGUUUUACCUUCUAAUUUGCUUCAACAACUGAUAAGGAUCUGAUUUGAUUAUUUGACAUAUUCUGUAUUCUUUGUAUAUUAGAAUAGGAAUUUUUAUUUAUUGUUCGUAUAUUUUUUUGUGUAAUUAGAUGUGGUUGAAUAAAUUUACUAGCAACUUCA